ACAAUAUUGGCAGUGGGAUAACUGGUUUCCCGAGCUCUCUGCUGAGGAGUGGCUGAGAAGAGUUCGAGCCUGUGGCUGUGUUUGUGUGUCUCUCUGAAAUCUGUGAAGAAGAAUGAAGCCACCAUCCAGGAACUAUGCAAAUAAACAUGAACCUCUUCCAUCUCAGAGACCUGACAACACAGCAUUCACUCAGCAGAGAAUUCCAGCCUGGCAGCCUCUUCUCUCUGCCAGUAUAAUUUUACCAUUUUUCUUCUUUAUUGGAUUAUCCUUUAUAGGAAUUGGAAUUGGAUUAAACUACUCAUCAAAUAGCAUAAAAGAAUCUGAACAUGAUUACACAGGAGCCCUUGAUGGUGAAGAAUGUUUUCAUUGUACCAGUGCUAAUGUCUCAAGUCCCUGCAUCUGUAAUAUUACUUUCAAUAUAACGGAAGACUUUCAGGGAACUGUUUUUAUGUACUAUGAAUUAUCAAACUUCUACCAGAACCACUAUCGGUAUAUGAUAUCUAGGGAUGAAAAACAAUUAAAUGGAGACCUUUAUAGUCUAAAGAAUCCUGCCAAUGAGUGUGCCCCAUAUAGAGUGGAUUCUGAACAAAAUCCAAUUGCUCCAUGUGGUGCUAUUGCAAGAAGCAUGUUUAAUGAUGUUGUUACGCUGUAUCGCAAUGAGAAUGGCACAUAUGUUAACGUUCCAUUAGAUGGGAAAGGGAUAUCCUGGUGGACCGAUUACAACGUUAAAUUCAGGAACCCAACUAAUGGCAAUGAGAGCUUGAAGACGAUAUUUCAAGGAACGGUGCAACCUGCCGGAUGGCGAACUGACGCUUACAACCUGUCAACUGACCUAAAUAAUACAGGAUUUAUAAAUGAGGACUUCAUUGUCUGGAUGAGAAGUGCAGCAUUGCCCACGUUUCGGAAACUAUACCGGAGAAUUGAGAAUGGAAGCUUCAAAAAUGGAGAGUAUCAACUAAGAAUUGAGUACAAUUACCCUGUUGUCAGUUUCCAAGGAAGAAAAAAAAUAGUUUUCAGCAGCGUAUCCUGGAUGGGAGGAAAGAACCCCUUCCUGGGAAUAGCCUAUCUUGUUUUCGGUUCUCUGUGUACAGUUUUUGCUAUCAUUAUGCUCGUUGUAUUCAUAAAGUACCAAGGGACGAUGGAUGAUGACAUCUAGCAUUGGGUCUAAAUGAUGAUUCAUAAAGUGUCUUAGAAUUCCACAUAAUAUAAUGUUUACAUGAAACGGCAAUACUAGUAGCAUGCAAACUAUAAAACGCAACAUAGUUACUGUGUUCACAAGCCAUCUUUCCUCAUGAAACCAAGGUCACGUGUGUCUUAGGCCUCAUGCACACGAUCGUGCUGUUUUUUGCGGCCCGCAAAAAACUGAAGCCACCCGUAUGCCUUCCACAAUUAACGUAACAGGCGGCCCAUUGUAGACAUGCCUAUUCUUGUCCGCAAAACGGAUAAGAAUAGGACAUGCUAUAUUUUUUUUGCGGGGCCUCGGAAUGCAGCAACGGAUGCGGACAGUACACGGAGUGCUGUCCGCAUCUUUUGCGGCCCCAUUGAAGUGAAUGAGUCUGCACCCGAGCCGCAAAAACUGCGGCUCGGAUGCGGACCAUACCUACGGUCAUGUGCAUGAGGCCUUAGGCUGGACUGACACGUGCAGGUUUUGAAGCCAAAAACCAUGACUUGGUUCAAAUGUAUCAAGGAAUGGCGUAUAUACAUUUCUUUAGUAUCCACUCAUCAACUGCAUCUAACCUUUGAGUUAGAACACCAUAGUCUCAAAGAUGGAAAAAAAAUGUAGAAAAUAAUUUCACUCUAUUACUUUUUACUGCGUGUUGACUUUUGGGAAUAAAUGUCUUUGGUAUAAUUAAAGAGAGGCUCAUAUUCGUAAUUGAUGACACAGCUAUAUGUAAUUUAUUUUAUGUACUGAUACCUUUUCUUUGUAUAUAAAAAAAAUUGUAUGUCUUUUAUAUAUUUUUAUUACAUUUCGCUCAAUAAAAUGUUUUACUUGGU